AUGUCUAAAUCUCGUUCAGCUACGCCCAAACCUAAUCUCCGCGUCCCCGCUACCUCUCAUUCCCCGUCAUCUUCACGAACGCCGACCAACGAUCCUACCACCACCACUGCUGCUGUCUCCCUCACUAGACCUUCAACGAACCCUUCUGGAGAAAUUUCUCCCAUCCACCAGCAGCUUCCCCACGUCCAUUCAUUUGUAUCAUCGCAAACUUCUCCCAAAGACCACCCACGCCCUUCUCCUGAACCUUCCAGUCCACGAAUGGCGAAACGAAUGCGACGUAACUCCCCAGACGAAGAGUCAUCAGACUCAGAGAGCCGACAUGACGAGCACCAGUCCCGCUCCUCAUCCGAAGCUUCACGAUCUCCCCAAGCCCAAGCACCUCUUCCCCUGAAGAAAAAGCGUACAAGGACUCUGACCACGCCCCACCAAUCAGCGGUCCUUCACGCUUUACUUGCUCAGUCGCGAUUUCCGACGACAGCGAUGAGAGAAGAAGUCGGACGUGCCAUUGGGCUCAGCGCACGGAAGGUCCAGAUUUGGUUUCAAAAUCAGCGUCAAAAAGCGCGUCGACCAGGAGCCCAACAGCAGCAGCAGAGCCAGAGCCAUACCCAGAGUGGCGUACUUGCAUCUCAGCCAUACCCGACUUACCCGAAUCUAUUGGCUCCCGUCCCUGGUGCAUUUACUGGUCAACCCCCAUUUAGUGGUGGCUUCCCACUUGGGGCUCUCGACACCUCGCAGGCGCAGUUACUGGGGCCUGGAAUACCAGGCCCUAGUACAACAGCUCCUCGCCAGCGAGGUCGUCCUGUUUUACAUGUCUCUCCUACGGACCACCACCCGCGAGAGCGCCCUUCUUUGUCGCCAUACUCAGCUCCCCCACGUUCACGUUCUGGCCUAGAAGAUUCGUUACCCAGUUUUCGUCCUCGUCAGCAUGAUCCAGCACGAACACUUCCUCCAUUGGAUUUUACUCACCAACCCAUGCGCCGGAGUGAUAUGUCCCCUUCAUCUUAUCUGCUGGGUGGCUCCGCUCCCCCGACUCCGUUUGGAGGUUCUCCUCCGGACUCAGCAUCAACGUCCGCCUCUUUCCGACCCUCACCGCCUGGCCUUUCUCGAUCACGCUCUCCGUCUCCACAGUUUGCCCACAACCUCCCGCCUCCAGGUCUUGAGACACAGUUACCGUCAUACUCCUCGACUGUGUUGGGUCUACCGCCUCCAUUCACGUUACAGCCACAACCACAGUGGGCUUCACACCGACCCCCAUCUCGGCCAGACACAUCAUCUUCCUGGUCCCAGACUCGUGUUUUGCCUUUGGCUAGUCUGCAACCCACACAUGACGAUGAUGACAACACUCCCCGUCUCGAAGCAGCUCGGCCACCAACUGCAUCGAGUUCUCGAGUGGGUCGAUAUGACCCCGUUCGCGGUGGCUUUGUUCCCACAGGGACCCCCUCCCCCCCUGCCUAG